UAAAAUAUAAAUUUAUUAUAAACACAGGGAGCUGUUUUAGUUGCUUUUAACACAUAAAUUCAAUGCCUCCAAAGAACAUUAUAAACACAGCUCAUGGACAUUACCAAGAAACCCCAAUUACAAUUAUUAGUACGUCAAAGUUCAUUAUUAUGAAAUUAGUUAUGUUUUGAAAGAAAAAGAAAAUAUAAAAAAAUUAAAAAAUGAAGAAGAAACAGUAAAAAGAAGAGGGUGCUUUCGAAGACUCUUCCCUCGAAUAAACGCAAAGAAGUGACAGCCGUUAUUAAUACCGCCUGUCGUACUUUCUUCCACAGACCUAACCACACACACGACACUCUCUCUCUCUCUCUUUGCUUACGACCUCCGAGACAAAUAGAGAAUUCUUGUAAAAGCUUUUACCUUUUAGAGGAAAGAACAGUGCAGAUCUUAGAAGGGUCCGAAGACCCACCACGAAAAUAAACCAACUACAACCAAGUCAAAGUCUUAUUUUUACCCACAAGACAAAAAGUUGAAUUCCACAAACCCUUUUUAUUCCAUCUUCUCUCUUCUGUCUUUGCUUUGGAAGAAGUCUCCAGCUUCAUUUGACUUCAACUGUUCCAGGUUAUUUGUUUGUCUUCAUGUUCGUCUGUUUUGUGGCUUCUCUGAGAUGACUCACGUGUUGGUACGAAGAGAGAGACACGGAAGCAAAAGUAAAAGAUGGGACAUGACCAUCAAAUAUUUCUUCUUCUUCUUCUUCUUAGUUGUCAUGUUUCAGAUAUGCUUGUCCUCAUCAUCAGCUUCUGUUGAUUCUCGUCGUCACUUCGUCUCGUCGCCGCCGAGAAAGACUCUGGUGUAUGCAACGGCGCCGUUUCGUGGGGAUUUUCAUAUAGAAGAUAACAUUUAUGGAGACGACAAGAGAGUAGUUCACACCGGUCCCAAUCCUCUCCACAACUAACUUUUACGUGUUGCUAUUAUUAUCCAUUACCCUCCACACCCACCCUACGAAGGCUACAAGCAAGACGCAAACGUGAAACGCUAAUCGCGAUGCAGAGGUACCCUUAGUGUAAAAUCAAGAAUGUCAUAGAUUUUGUAAGGUAGAAUCCUCUUUUUGUAUCUCAUGGAGCAUAUAAACAUUUUAGCUUUUUGUGUAGGGCUUAGUUCGGGUAUGUGGAACUAUAUAAUGUUAGUAUUAAGAGUUUAAACUUUAAAGGUUACUCACCACUUAUUCCUUAAAUUUCAUUUUCCGUUGAAAUGUUAGUAAAAUAUGGUGUUUUUCGUUUGUUUUCUUCAUAUAAAGGAGAUUAAAUUAUCUUAUGAUCUACAUAUAUAAAGAAAAAACAAUUGAAUUGGUUAAGUACUAACCAGCGGGUAUAAUGUUGCUGUGUUUAAUAUAAUCAUCAUAACACAAUAAGUGUGUUAUUCUUCAUUUGGCGUUUUUAGCUCUUUAAGUCUCGUAUUAAUUUUCCACAUCUGCCUUCAUAAAUCCUUUUUUAUUCAACAUACACCUACCCCCUAGCGAGCAAAUGAGUUAGUAUGAAUAAUUAUCUCUUAUACUAGUAUUACUAUUACCAAUACUUGUACAGUGAUUAGAUCAAUCAACUGCUCAUCAUGACUAUUCAUUUGACAAAUCUGCAAAGCGACCGAAAGAUCCUCCCCAUCUCAAACUUCGUUAGCACUAUUAUGUUCAACUAGAAAACUCAACGAUACAUAUGUAUAUCAAAGUAGUUUUUUUUUUUGUGUGGAAAAUGUUGAAUUUGAAAUCUUCAUACCAACCAUUUACAAACUAGGUCUCGAGGAACAUUGCCACCAUAGAACGUGAUACUAAGGAACAAAAACUGGACCUAUCCAACGGUUCAAAUGGGAUAGUAUAAUUGGAUUGUGGUCAUUAUUCUUUUGAUAUCAACUAAAGUUUCAACCAUAUAUAUAUAAAAUGUUCGUACAGAUUAAAUGUGAUUUUACUACCUACGCUGAUUAAAAAGAAAGGAAAAAGAAGCGAAACCUCUUCCAGAAAUGUUCACGUUCAGUGAAAAAAGAAUGUGAAAAAAAAUUAAUACAUGAUCAAAGAAAUAGUUUAUGACUUUAUUCAUAGCAUCCAUAAUUUCUCUCUGACUAGAUUCUAUUUGAACUAUUUUAAAAUUUUGUCGUAUCAUUCAUUAGUAUUAUCUAGCAUUUUCUUUUACAGGUUUAACAUUUAUGUCUAGUAAAUGGAGAAAAUAACGGGAUUGAAUGACACCAGGGUAAUAUCAAUUAAUAUGUAUAAAUCAUACGUAUGGAGAAGAGAAAUGGUCAGGCCAUGGCUGUGAGUCUGUGACACUGUCCAUCUUCUUAAUUGCUUUCUGCAUCUUUUCUUUACCGUUCCCCUCUUCAUACGCAGUCACGUCAAUAAAUGUUCAUAGUCGUUUUUUUUUCUUCUAGAUUUAGCACCGCUAGAUCAAUCUCAUAAGUCAUACUAAGUGUUUAAAACUCCUUGCCAAACAAAACUUUGCAAAGUCCACAACAGUAAAUCACUCAGGCUGAAGUCCAAGACCAAGUAGCCUACACACAACUAUAACGAUCUUCUUUAACAUUUUACCAAAAAAAAAAAAA